AUGGGUCUAGACAAAACUGUUCAAAUUAUAGCAUUCCUUUCUGGUGUGCAGUCUACCAAAGGUGAUCAUGGACAUGCUGUAACUGCAUUAAUCGUAAUGCCUGUGAGUCUCUUAAUCACAUGGCAAAAUGAAAUAAAUCGUUGGACUCCCCAACUUCGCUUUUUCGUAUUUCACGAUAUUGAUCGUCGUGAAAGAAUGCGUGGGCUGGCGAAAAUUCAGGAAUAUGGAGGAAUUUUGCUUAAAACUUAUGGGACUUUAAUAGCAGCCUGGCAAGACAUCUCAACUGACUUUAAUCGGUCUGGGAAAUUUCUUAACAAUGCUCGCCAGAGGUUCCCAGAAGACAAGCUUAACAAGGAAGAUAUGUACACUUGGGACUAUAUAAUACUUGAUGUAGCUUACAAAGUAAAAAACCCUUCUUCGAAGACAACUAAGGCAUUGCGUUCCAUUCCUGGUACUAAGCUUCCCUUUCUAUACUGA